GGAAACAAAACUAGGGUUCUCUUCUAUGCUUUGGAACCUGGAGGAGAAAAUAGGGGCUGUGUGGCUUCUCAAUUGGCAUCCCUUUUCAAUAAGAGCAACUUCUUCAGCUUCAAUCGCAGGUUAAAUAAUAUAAAGAUAGGGACUAAGCAAGGAUAGAGCGACAGCAUUACAUUAGUGUGCAAGGCACUAAUAUUUUAGUGGAAGCAUGACAGCUCCAAUUCAAUGCUAUAAAUCCCAAGAAGCUGAUGCAGCUGGAAUGCUUAUGUCUGGAGCACCUCAGCCUCCUACUCGCAGGUGGUAUUUCAGCAGGAAAGACAUAGAAUGUCAUACUCCAUCAAGGUCUGAUGGCAUCGAUUUCAAGCAGGAACAGCAUCUACAAAAGCUGUACUGCUUUUUUCUGCAAGAGCUUGGCAUAGAGCUUAAAGUGCCCCAGGUAACAAUAGCAACAGCAAUGAUGUUUUGCCAUCGGUUUUACAUGCGGCAGUCCCAUGCGAAGAAUGAUUGGCAGACAAUUGCAACUGUAUGCAUGUUCCUUGCUUGCAAAGCUGAAGAAACGCCACGAUGGUUAGGUGAACUUGUUGUGGUGGCUUAUAAGUUAAUAUACAAGUGGGAUCCUUCAGCUUCACGGAGAAUUCGGGAGAUAUAUGAUAAACAGAAGGAACUAAUCUUAAUUGGGGAAAGACUUCUCUUGGCUACUAUUGCGUUUGAUCUGAAUAUAGAACAUCCAUACAAGUCACUUGUUGCGGCUCUUAAGAGAUUGGGUAUUACACACAAAGAACUUGUAAAAGUAGCAUGGAAUUUUGUGAAUGACUGGCUCCGUACCUCACUGUGCUUGCAGCACAAACCCCAUUAUAUUGCCGCUGGUUCUCUGUUUCUUGCUGCCAAGGUUAAGAAGGUGAAAUUACCUACAGCAAAAGGGAAGGCUUGGUGGAUGGAAUUUGAUGUUUCACCCAAGCAAUUAGAAGAUGUCAUCCAACAGAUGAUGAGUUUGUGGGAACAGAGUCAGAGCCAAACCCUAACACUGAAGGAUCAGAAUGUAACUGAAUCUCUAAUCAGAAAAGCGACAAUCUAUAGUCCACAAUCCUCCACUUUGAGUGGCUCUAGUAUUGUUCAGGAUUCCAAGAUGACCGCUUCUAUGGAUGCUGGUGGACCUGCAAAAGCUGCAACGUCUAAUUGUGUCAAGAAACAGGCCUUUGACAACGUCCAUGAUACAUCCAGAGAAACAAUAAAUUGUCAUACCAGUGAUAGUGGCAGUGCAAAAGAUGUGACAUCUGACUGUGUCAAGAAACACGCUUUUGACAAUGUCCAAGGUGCAUCAAAGGAAACACCAAAUUGCCAAACCAGUGAUACCGGCAGUGCAGUUAGUGUUGUUGAGGAUGGCGAUAGUGGUGAACCUGUCACAGUGAAGUCUGAUCUAAGUUCAAGUUGCAAGAUAGUUUCAGUGGGAGGUAUAGUUGGCAAUGGCCAGGUAGAUGUAAAUCGAAUCAGAGAAAAGCUUAAGAAAAGGAAUUUUGUUAAAACUAUGAAAAGAAAGCACGUAGAAGACUUGGAUGAUGAAAUCGAUGGUGAAGCCUGGAUAGAGAGAGAGUUGGAGGAUGGCAUAGUGCUGGAAUCUUCAUAUGCUCAGAAGCAAAUCAAGAUUUAAAGUUUUGGUAAUUCCCACCUCUAUUGUUUCCGGAAGGGCCUUCUUGUUUGGAGGUGGGAUUUGAUCAUUUUGUAAGUAUUGUAACAACACUAUUUAAUAGUUGUACAAUUAUCUUCAGGCAUUGUUGAC